AAGCGAUGACAUCAAAAAUGAAGAGCCAAAUUUUGUUGACAUUGUUUACAAUUUUGACUGGUCAUCGACUUUACUUGGCCCUAUGGACUCAUGGGAGCCUGCACUUAAAACCGCUACGGAUAGAUAUAUUGAACUAACACGUGAUGGAUAUUCAGAAGAGUCAUAUUUUGAUUAUACUUUUAGUCCUGUUUUGAGACCAGAUGGAACAGUCUGUGCUAUAUAUACUCUAACACAAGAAACUACUCGAAGAAUUUUGAAUGCUCGAAGAUUAAAAAUACUUAGCGAAUUUGGACAUAGGAUUUCUGAGAUUGAAUCUUUAGAAAAUGCCUGCCGUCUUUUGACUAAAGUAUUAAAUAAUAAUGUAGAUAUACCUUAUGCAUUAAUAUACUUUGUAGAUCAUAAAUCAAAUUCUGGUUCUGAAUCUCUGAUCGCUCGUUUGAUCGCUACAACCUUUGAUGAAGAUGAGCCAUAA